UUUUAUUGAUAACUUGAACACAGAUCAGAUGUUUAGAAGCGUGAAACAUGCAUGUUAACGAUGUUCCUGCCGCUUAGUAGAGCGUAUUUUGAAGGAUUUGUAAGUCACGUAUAAUGCGCUUUUGGGGCCUCUGUGCCGCCGUCGUUUUCAGUACUCAAGCGAAAACCCGCCUUUCCUCUGUUUCAAUUGGUUGAACGCAAGAAACUAGCCUUUUGACUGGACGAAAACAACGCCAGGAAAAUAAAGACUCACAGUAAUAGGAAGUAAAAAGUAAACUCGUUCAUGUCAGAGAAAAACAUGAACAUAGCCGAAAGGAUGAUUUAAAGUUUAAUAUUACUGAUUAAAGUUUUCCCAUCAUCUUCUCGAAACAAAAUGUUUCGGCCUAACAAAACACGUACAAGUGAAACUCGCUUUUGUUGUUCUAUUGAUAGAACACGUCAGUCUGUAUAAUUUUUAAAUCAAUACAGUAGCCUACAAUAGUAGCGAUAAUAAGUUGUAACUGCAGGGUUAGAAACAAGUUUCUAUUGUUAUGAAUAUUUCAUUAUGAAUUACAAUGGUUACUUUUUAAAAGGUUUAUAGUUUUUAUUAUAAAACAGAAUAGAUUAAAUAUAGAUUAAAGAGACAUUGUAACUGGAUUAAAAUACCGCACUGAACACAUACAAUAUCUAAAAGUUUAUUUCACAUUUUAAAGUCUCGCAUUCCAAACUUCAAUCCCCAAUGUUCAUUCUCACAUAUGAUCAAAGUUAUUGAUCUGCCAUAAUCUUAUGUGUCAUGUGUAAUUAUUUUCUGACUUUAAAAUUAUACACAAAAAAGCAUCAAUUUUGACCAGAGGUCAAAUUUGUGCCUAAAGAAUACACAAUACUUCAAGUUUGCUUUUUAACUAUUCAUUCAUUCAUUCAUUCAUUCAUACCUUCAUUCGUUCAUAUAUUCAUUUGUUCAUUCAUUCACUUAUUCAUUCAUUCAUUCAUUUAUGCACACACACACACACACACACACACACACACACACACAAAACAACUCUCAAACAGCUCAUGAGUACUAAAUUAAUUAUUGUUCACUGCUUAUUGCGUGUAAAUGGUCAAAUACACACAAAAUUAUGUCAAAAUCCAUCUUGGAAAGUAUUAACAUAAACGGGUCAAUGACGUGACGCAAUUUUUUUGUUUAAAUCUAAAAGAGUUAAAAUUUCAAAAUAAAUGUGCAAAUUACUUGCUUACAUUCUCUUUUUUGAGGACCAAGUCUAAAAUUUCUAAUUAAUUCAUUUUGAGAGAAUAUUUGGGGGAUGAUUGCAAAAAUGUCAAUGUGGUGUAACCGUAAAAACCUUGUACCAAGUAAUUGAUCUUGUUUUAAAAAGGUGAAAUUCUCAAUAAAACACCAGAUCAGCUAGUUUGGCAUAAUCUUACAUUAUUACUAUUUAAUAAUAAAUUAUAUAGUAAAUAAAAGUAAAUGGAGCACCAUUGUUCUGAAUAUUAUAAUUAAUUUGGGGAAUCAUGUCAAGUCAAAUUCCUGAAGUGUCAAGGUGGUGUAACCACCAUUCAAAGAGCCAUUUUGUUAAUAUUUUGCAAGAAGAUCAUGUGAUAAGAAAUUAUAUCAUAGAGAAGGACCUCUGGUGAUACUAACUGCUGCAUGCAAAGGUUAGUAACUCUCUUUAAAGGGGUGGUUGACUGUUUUUUUUCUAGGCUUGAUUGUGUUUAUGGGGUGCAGUAUAACAUGUGUUCAUGCUUCGUUUUGUAAAAAAAACGCAUUAAUUUUUCACCUAAUUUACCUUUAUCUACACCGCUCUGUCCCUUCUCUGACAAACGCCUCGAUUAUUUCCUAUUUUUAUGAAGCCCCUUCCUCAGAAAUACGCGAUGGUCUCAGAUUGGUUAGCUGGCUCAGUGUGUUGUGAUUCGCUAAACCGCAGAGUGUACGUCUGAACCAUAGACUGUAAAAAAAAAAAAUGGACGUAGUGUCCGUGACAUCACUCGUAGGUUUCUGUAGAGCAUUUUUGAAGCCUAAAGUGGGCGGAGCCGACCGCCGCCAUCUUGGAAACGCGUCACCGCGCGUCACUCCCAGAUAAUCGAAAAUGGCCAAAAAGGCGGGACGUGGGUGAAGCUGAGCUGAAACCACGCUCCUCUAUAGUGACAGCAGUGCUACCGUGCAAAGACAAAACACCAUAACUUCGUUUUUGGUUGAAAAUUAGUUAUUGAUCAUUUUGGGACAUUAAUGACCUUUAUCAUGUGUUUAAGUAUCAUGGAGAAAAGCCCCGGAGAAACCAAGGCAGAACACAGUAUAACAUCAGUUACAGCUCUUUGAUUUUGUUUUUGCUCUGCAUUUGUUUGCAUUCGUUCGUCAAUACUGUGCCAGCCUGGAGUUAGACGGUAUUCUGCCUUUGUUUUACUUUCCAUUAAAGUCUGCCACGUUUAAAUUACAGUGUAACUUGUGUACUUUUAUACAUCUGUCGGCACUUCAUUAGACAAACAAAUUAGAUCACGAUCUAACAAACUGUUCCAUAUAACAAAGCACUGUAAGCAAUAACGAUUCGAUAACUUGGCAACAAUAAUUAAUCGUAAAUAAUCUUUAAAGUGUUUUUUUUAUAAUGCAGAUUAUUCACUCGGUGCAGCUGUCAGUUUGGGGCUGCACACUUCUGUACGUGAGGACUCAAAAUGCCUUGACUGCGUACCACACAUAAAAUCAAUAACUGUUCGCAAUUAAAUCCUUUUCCUUCCUUUUCUUGUAAGUCGACAAAAUCCAUUGCAAUGAACGCCAUCGGAGAUGUUUAAUUCACAAUCAUUCAGAACAUUAUCCCUGCUGGCGUAAGCUUUUUUAAUUCCGUUUGAUGUAAAAACAAUCGGCAAAGUAUGUCUUGCAUCCUUUAAGUGUUAGCGAACAUUGCAAAUAAAUUGGUUGCAAAACGGUAUCCGCUCACGUUUAACUAUUAUUCUGGUUGUUAUGGUCAGAAAAAAAAAAAAGAAUCACAUUUCUAGAUGUUAUAGCCUAGCCAAUGAUCACUAGAUUUUAUCCAGAGAUGUUACUAAAAUGAUUCUGUAAAUGGUGAUCAGCACCCAAAUAUUGUUUAUAAUGUGGAAGUUACUGCCUUUUGCCUUGGUGUGACAUCUCACUUUUUGCAGACAGUGCAAAAGCAGAGUACAAUAUCAAUAUAGCGGUAAAAAUCAAGUUUGAGAUCAUUUUCAUUAAAACAUCUAAUUGCCAGAUUCCCAGUGUCCUACCUAUAAUUAUUUUUUCUGUACAAAUAAAAAUCUUUAAAGCCAUUUUUCUAAGUUUCACACUCUAGUGAGUUUCACACUCUAGAGCAGAGCAGCAGUCCACCUGUCACUCAAGUGGUCACGCCCUUAAUUAUGCAGAAUUUUAAGGCUUAAUAUAAUUUAAACGGAUGAGUUAUAAAAAAAUUCACCCCCUCACAGUUGUCACGAAGGGCAAAAUUAGCUAUAUAGACCAAAACCAAUUUUUGUACCAGGCUGUAAACAUAUUUUAUUCUGCUGUAAAGUUGAGCAUUUUAACAUGGGGAAUCUUGAACUAAACCUUUUGGAGCCAGCCUCCAGCGGCCAGUCGAUGAAUUGCAGUUGUAGUCACUUCCGUGUUGGUUUCAAGAGAGGGAGCGGGAGGUUGCCGCUUGGUCUGAACGUCCCGCCCCUCAGCUCAGCGGCAUGUGCUGCAGUUGUAUUGUAAACAAUAGAGUCGUCAAUAUUGCUUAUCAAUUUGAGCCGAUUGAGACGCAGAAAAUAUUAGUGAAGAGGAUCGCGCAGAACUUGUGCAAGCAUGGCUCUUAAUGGUAUGUUUUUUUGUUGUUGUCUCAUACUUUUAGAUAUGCUGUUAUUUGUAAAUGUUACUGCUUCUGUUAGCUUCUAAUAUACGGUUUUAUUCUGAUUAAAGCUUUAAUACAGUAUGGCAACCACACACACGUCCAUGUAUAAUGCUUCUCCUAGCUAUGUGAAAAUAAGUGUAUAAUUGGAACAGUUUGUUGGAGCUGAUCUGGCGAUCUGAAUGAGAGAGAGAGAGAGAGAGAGAAAGAGAGAGAGAGAGAAAGAGAGAGAGAGAGAGAGAGAGAAGGAGAUAUCAAUGAAUUGGCAGAUCUACUGGACCAAUCAGACAGUCCAGGACUACAAUUAUUCGACACAGAAGUCAAAUAUUUACUAUAUGCAGACGACUUGCUCUAUCUAAAGCACCAGAAGGUCUCCAGAACAACCUUGACAUUUUAACUAAAUACUGCCACGAUUGGAACUUAGAAGUCAACAUCCAAAAAACUAAGAUUAUGAUAUUUCAGAAAAAAAACAGAAAUCUAGAACAUAAACAUAUAUUUACUUUAAACAACACCACACUUCAACAUGCUUUACAGUAUAAUUAUCUUGGUCUGGUUUUAACUCCCACUGGAAAUUUCAAUUUGGCAAUAAAAACAUUACUUGUAAAAGCCCGCAUGGCACUGCACGCCAUACGAACAAGAUUAUUCAAAAUAGACAUCCCCAUCAGAAUCUGGACAAAGAUUUUCGAUAGUGUCAUACUGCCUAUUGCCCUGUAUGGAAGCGAGAUCUGGGGCCCAACGAGUAACUACAGCCAUACACAUUGGCACAAACACCCUUUAGAAGCUCUGCAUGUAGAGUUCUGCAGAAGCAUCCUUCAUGUGCACAGAAACACACCUAGUAACGCCUGCAGAGCGGAGUUAGGCCGUCUCCCCCUAAAUCUAAUCAUUAAAAAAAGAGUUUUAAAGUUCUGGAUCCACUUAAAUUCUAGUUCUGAAGAUUCUCUUCAUUUUAAAGCACUAAAAACACAAAAAAUGAGCACUCAAAAAAGUCAUCUUUGUGUGAUGUUGUCAGAUCUGACUAACAAAGCACUCAAUAUCACCAAUCCUGUAAAACCUGGAAGAAUCAAAGAAAUUAUGAAUGAAGAGAAGGAGACAUACAUACAGCAUUGGAAAGAACAAACCAAAGACCAACGUCGUCUCCAAUGUUAUCUGAAACUCAACAGAGAGUACAGUCUGGCUGACUAUCUGGUCUCAGUCAGCAAUAUAACUCACAGACAUUUACUGACGAAGUACAGACUAAGUGACCACCAGCUGGCCAUAGAAAGAGGACGACAUAAAAAGACGUGGUUACCUAAAGAAGAGCGAAUCUGUAAUGAAUGUAGAUCAGGAUCAGUUAAGACGGAGGAACACUUCCUCCUCCACUGUGACAAAUACACGUCCUUAAGAGACGCACUGUACAGUCAAAUACAGCAGAUUAUUCCUGAGUUCCAGUCACUCCAUGAAAAUGACAAACUAGGAAUAUUGCUUGGUGAAAGACCUACUUCCUCUUUGGUAGCACAACAUAUUUAUGAAUGCCAUAAACUAAGAAGUAAAGAGUGAACUCAUCUGCAUUAGUAGUACCAUUAAUGUUUAUAUAAAUAUAUAUGGAUGUAUUUUGUUUUGUUUAUUUAUGGAUGUAUAUUUGUUUUGUUUUUAUUCUGCAAUGUACAAUGCUUUGGCAAUAUGCAUCUAAGUAUGCCAUGCCAAUAAAGCAAUAUGAAUUGAAUUGAAAUUAAGAAAUUAUUAAGAACAGUAUUAAGAACCGCUGCUUUAGAACAUUGAUUAUGAAACUUGUGCAUCCAUUAGAAUCGUUAGAAGACAGAAUCGCGAUUCCUAUAUGAAUAGAUUUUACGUGGACCCCUAGUUUUCUCUUCCUCUUCUCUAACGCAGCACAGGCCUCGCCCCCUUCGUUACAUGUUCCCGGGGGCGGGGUUUAUCUGGCUCCGUGACGUAUCGGACCCGGGAAGUAACUCGUAGUCCCUUACCAGUUGUUUUUGUAGGCAUUAAACUUCCAUUUGCAUUGAACUUUCAGCGCUGCAGCUUUGCAGAUAUUGUUUAUGCUCAAACAGCAACAUUACACACUAACAUUAAAAAAGUGAAAUCGCAAUCAACCACCCCUUUAAAAUGUGAGAUAAUUUGACAUUUUUGUAUUGUAUGGUCAGGUAUUCUUAGGUAUACAUGUCAAAUGGUAUGACCUCAGGAAUACAUUGAUAAUUCAUCAUUAUUUUAACAAUGGGUAUAAACUUUAAAAAUGAAAUUGUAAAUAUUCCCACCAAGGCCAUGUACUUAGAAGGCUUACACCGUGUCGACACCAGAAUUUUGUGUCAGUACGUCAUAAAUAGAAUGCGGCAGCAGUUUACUGUCGUGGAUUUGUCGUAUCUCAUCCAGUGUAGACAGCAUCACUGAUUAUGAGUUCAAUAGUAUCGCGUCCAGUGUAGACACGGUGUUACGAUAAGGCAAGAAGUAGGACCCGUGUAAAUAUCGGAUCAGCUUUCCAGCGCUGGAGAGAACUCAAGGAGUGGGAGGCCUGCGAUCGGACGCCGAGGUUGCUUUGUUUCUUCUCGAUAGCGUUCUUUUCACAGAAAAGCCUUCUAUUGAUCCUUUAAAUGAAGUUUAGUUAAUAUUCCUCGUGAACCAACAGCAACAUGGACAAUCCAAAACGGAAAUUAAGAUCUGGAAAGGAGAUUUCAAAGGACCAAGGUCAACCUAAGAAAAAGGCCAAUGAUACUGGCACAGAAGAUGUUUCAUCUGCACCUAAAAGCGUUAAAGCAUCUGACAAUUCAGGAUGUAUAAAUAUUGUAAGUGAAGUAAGUGAACAUGCUGGGACAGCUACGGUGGAGGACCCGUCCAGAACCAUACAGUCUAAUGAACAUGGCUCUCCAGAAACAACUGAUGCUUUGGCUUGUUCAUUUUGCAAUUUUGUUGCAAAAACUCAAACUGCACUGAAAAUUCACUCAACAAGGAAACACUCUCAUAAAGGAGGCUUACAAAAUGACAAAGUCUCUGACACCGUUAUUGCACCAGGGUUAAUUCCAUUGCAGAACACACCACAAUUACAAGAAAGUGAAAACCGAACACAUCUUUCAGAGUUGCAACUGGACAGUAUCUCUGUGUCUCUGUCAGAGGAAGACAAACAAUCAGAUACCUAUAUGGUUCAAACAGAGAGUGAACAUACUCAUCAGCUCCUUGUAGAUGACGUUGUAAUAUCGGAGAAGGUUGUUGAUACUUCUGAGGAUGGAAGAACCAGUCCCACUCAGAUGUUGCUGGAAAUAGUUCAGCCCACUUCAUGUAGAUGUCAGGAUGGUGAAGACACAAAUGAGACCUGUAAAGAUGAUGAUAUGCAAGCAGGCUGCAGUUUUCAUUUGGAAAGUAAAGUGAAAUGCAAUAAAAAUGAUUGCAUUAUUGGACAUGCUGAGAAUCAUGAAAGUCAAAGGCAUUCAAAGCCUAAUACUCUACAUGCAUUUUCCUGUUGUGUACAUAAAGUCAUAGAUGGACACAGUCCAGACACGCAUAUUAAGAGGCAAGAUAAUAAAAAACAAAAUGUCUACAAUAUCUGUAGUUAUUCUUGUGUUACAAAGUGUGAUCAUGAGAAGCAGUGCACGAGCAAUAUGCACAACCAAAAGAUGUUGGAGAAUCGGGAUUCAUUAAAGACAGAGAUGGCACCUCAAGAAUUAGUUUUCCCACCAUUGACGCAACCGAAUGAAGACAAGGCUCAACAUCAAUGUGACAGGUGCACCUUCACAGCCAACAACUCUGUAAUGUUAGCACAGCACAUUAAAACGCACCAUCCAGUGGAACACCGUUUCCACUGCAGUGCCUGCCAUUACUACACCACCACCAUAGAGGCCAUGGAGGUUCAUCUGUCAGAAGAAGUCCACCGACAGGUGGCCAAAGAGAAAAACAUUAGCCCUUUAUUUAAAGACUGUGUUGAAAAAAUCCUUGUGAUUCUUUCAGAUCAAAGGGAGGAUGAAGACAUGAAUGAGAGUGAUGCUCGUGAGCAGUGCUCUAAAGAAGCUGGGGAGGUUCAGGAAACAGAAAAUGUCCUACCAGAGCCAGCCGAAGCUGUAAGGAAAAGUUCUCUUCACAAACGAAAGCGAGGCAGACCGAAGACAUCUAAUGUGACUGUUUGUAGUCAUUGUGGGCUCGUUGCUUCCAAUGCCACCAACCUCAGUGUCCAUAUACGACGCAGGCACAGUCGGUUGUACAGCUUUGUUUGUAAGCUGUGCAACUAUUACUGUGUAACCAAGGGUGACAUGGACCGCCACUGUGAAACUAAAAAACACAUCAAUAGGAUGCAAGCAGCCGGAAGUGAAGGCAGUGGGGUAGUUCUGCUAAAUGCUGAGCAGCCAAGUCAAGCAAACAUAAAUGAGGCAGAAAUGGGUGACAAAGUAUCAAUGAUUGAGACACCUAUUGAUGAAGUGGACAAAAAUAACUCAAGUGUACCAUGUAAGAAAAGCAAGUAUGACCUGAGUAAUAUCUGCUCUCAGUGUGACUUUGUUGCCCACUCAACUCCGUCUCUAGCUCUCCAUGUGCGACGCAAACAUACAAAAGACUUUGAGUUUGUUUGUUUAGCAUGCAGCUACUACACCGUAACCCGUAGAGAGAUGUUUAGACACAUGGCAACAGAAAAACACAAACAGAAACGUGAGUGUUACCUGAAAAAACAGAACCAAAGCUUUAAUAAUGUUCGGGCAACUGUGACCAUAAAGUCCACCGUUGCAGACCCAGAGACAAUAACAGGAUCAGAAGUGUUCCAUGACAGUUCUAUUUUGACAUCUUCAAGUACCAUAACUAAAGAUGAAGAUAAUUCAGCAAAGAUCGGUGAAGAUAAUUGUGCAAAUGAAGAUGGAGCAAUACAAUCUGCUGAAAAGAGUACUUCUGAAGACAAUGAAGAAUCCUCAACUAAUCCAGCUGAAUCAAAUGUGUCUGACGUGGUCCAGUCAGUGACGAUGGUGAAAGAUGCAAUGGAGGAUAUGAAUGAGGAAAAUUUGUUUGAAGAUGAAAUUACUGAUAUGGGAGAUGACAGUCCCUCUAGUGAGAAACACCUUAGAGCGAUACAGUUUGAUGCAUGCAUCUAUCCCUUAAAAACAUUAGCAGAGCACAAGCAGGCAUCACAUGAUGAAGAACAAACUAUAGAUGCAUUAAACCAGCAGAGCAUCAAAAAGCCUAAAACACUGGUUGGACUUGAGACAAAGACUACCAAACCAAUUCCACGUAUCCGCUGUGAGGACUGUGGUUUUUUGGCAGAUGGCUUAAGUGGACUAAAUGUUCAUAUCUCCAUGAAGCAUCCAUCAAAGGAGAAACAUUUCCAUUGCUUGCUGUGUGGAAAGUCCUUUUACACAGAGAGUAACCUACAGCAGCAUUUAAGCAGUGCAGCACAUAUGCGCAAUGAGCAUGGAAGCACUGAAGAUCUUCCAGAAGGAGGUGCCAGCUUUAAAUGUGUCCGAUGCAGUGAGCCCUGCCAAACUGAGCAGGAACUGUUUGUGCAUAUCAAAGAGAAACAUGAGGAACUGCUGAGAGAAGUGAACAAAUAUGUGCUGGAGGAUACAGAGCAGAUCAACCGAGAGCGGCAGGAAAACCAGGGCAAUGUGUGCAAGUACUGCGGCAAAGUAUGCAAGAGCAGCAACUCCAUGGCUUUCCUGGCUCACAUUCGCACACACACAGGAUCUAAACCGUUCAUGUGCAAGAUCUGUAACUUUGCUACUGCUCAGCUCGGUGAUGCCCGCAACCAUGUUAAGAGACAUCUAGGCAUGAGAGAGUACAAGUGCCACAUCUGUGGAUGGGCAUUUGUGAUGAAGAAACAUCUCAACACUCAUCUUCUGGGAAAGCAUGGACUGGGCCAGCCCAAAGAGAGAAAGUUCGAGUGUGAGCUGUGUGAGCGGAGCUUCAGUGAGAAAUGGGCACUAAAUAACCACAUGAAGCUGCACACAGGCGACAAACCAUACAAGUGUGGAUGGCCCUCAUGCCAUUAUGCUUUCCUGACUCUGUCUGCUAUGAAGGACCAUCACAGGACACACACAGGAGAGAAGUCUUUCUUGUGUGAUCUCUGCGGAUUUGCUGGUGGAACUCGUCAUGCCCUGACCAAACAUCGGCGCCAACACACAGGUGAACGACCCUUCAAGUGUCAGCUGUGCAAUUUUGCAUCAACCACACAGUCCCACCUGACGCGCCACAAACGUGUGCAUACAGGCGAGAAGCCCUAUCGCUGCCCCUGGUGUGACUACAGAUCUAACUGUGCAGAGAAUAUCCGAAAACACAUCCUGCACACAGGCAAGCAUGAGGGGGUGAAGAUGUAUAACUGUCCCAAGUGCAGCUACGCCACCAAUGCCCCAAUGGACUUCAGAAAUCAUCUCAAAGAGACUCACCCUGACAUUGAGAACCCAGACCUGGCUUACCUACAUGCAGGAAUCGUGUCCAAGUCCUUCGAGUGCCGUCUGAAGGGACAGGGGGCAUCCUUUGUCCAGGCAGAGUCUUCGUUCACCGCUGAUGAGAGUGAACUGGGUUCUGAGGCUGUUCAGCAGGUCAUCAUCAUUCAGGGCUACGGCGGGGGAGAGGUGGCCAUCGAUCAGGCCCUGGAGGAGUCGGCUGCUGCCACUUUACAGACCCUUGCUAUGUCUAGUCAGCUGGCCGAAGUGCUACACAUCACUGAGGAUGGGCAGCUUAUCACAUCUGGUCGGGAAGUGUCUACAGUGACAGGAGGGCAGACCACUCAGUACGUGCUGGUGGAGUCUUCCGAAGAGACUGUAGGAGAAGCAAGACAGGAAGGGGAGGAGGCUGUGCACAGUGUGUCUGAAUCUUCCUCUGCUCUGGAUGCUUUGCUUUGUGCCGUGACAGAGUUGGGCCAACAAGACUGCACUAGAGACGGAGGGAUUACCACCACCACAGUUUCAGAACAUGUGCCAGAAGAGAAGUGUGAAGGUCAGACCUCUCAGACACAGAAACAAAGUGAAGGACGGGUAUAUGAGGAGAGGGCAGAAGUGGGUGUGGUGACUCAGGUAAUGGGCUCUACCCAUGACCACACAUCCGAGGAAAUGCAAGAGGUGCUACAGUUUGCUGCCAGUCAGCUGAUGAUGAAGGAGGGUCUUGCUCAAGUUAUCGUCAAUGAUGAGGGGACACAUUACAUAGUCACACAGCUGGAUGACUCUACCCUGCAUGUUGAGAGCACUGUAGAGGAUCCAUCCAGACAGGAGACGAUAGUUUACUCAGAAAUUAGUCCUGAAUGAGGUGAAGACAAGAGAUUGAGAGUAGAUUUUACUGAAUUUGAAAUCCACUGUCUGGUGACUUUUUUUCUUGUAAGAGGGUGAACUCAGGUCAAAACCUAACACAUGUCAAACCCAAGCUUUUUAGGAUAGAUUGCUUCUCUUUGUUUCAGUUAAACAUAUGUAGAUGUUUAGAUUACUAAUGAAAACCUUGUUAAACACACCUUCUGUGUCUUAUUCCUUUAUGUAUUUUAGUUUUGAAAUACCUUUUCUUGUGCAGUGGAUUCAGGAUUGAGGACUAGACAUCUUAACAAAUCUCCAGACAACAUUCAUACAUGAUUGGUAAAGAACAUCUAUAAAACUCCAUUAAUUCUCAUAAACUGUUUAAAUGAAAAAUGUAUAUUUAUGACCUGCUUGUGAUUUGUUUUAUUAUUAUUAUUAUUAAAAAUGUAAACUUCUGAAGAUAUUUUCCAGUAAAUGUACCAUUUAAAAAAUUACUUUUUGAGAGUUUGACUUGCUAAGGUCCUGCAAAUAAAGAACUGACCAGUUUGUUGGCACAUUUGUUUGUUUCAGGUACAUUUUAGCUUUUUUUUUUUUUUUCUUUUAAGAAGACAGGCUAUGCCUGUAAAUCAGAGCGCU